AUGGGAUUGAAUCCUGAUUUUUAUGGGCCUUUACGAACUCAAAUUCUUUCGCAAGAACCUCUACCCAGUCUUGAUCGUGCUUAUCAGUUAGUCACCCAAGAAGAACGGGUGCGAACAUCAAGGCUCGUGGUUGAUCAUAAACCGCCAGACGUUCUUGGCUUUGCUGUUCGUACUGAGGCAGUGGUUCCUCUGAGCGACCACUUUGUUCUAAAUGUAAUAAGCUUGGUCACGAAGCCUCUCGUUGUUGGGCUGAUACUACUUGUGGUCAUUGCAAGAAACGUGGGCAUGAUUCCAGUUAUUGCUAUGAAGUUGUUGGCUAUCCGGACAGAUGGUUUGCUGGGAAGAAAUCUUCCAGUUGGGGUAGAGGGCAAGUGUGUGCUAAUGUAA